AGAAAAUGGCAUCGAACUGAUCUGUUAAAUGUCAACAUGUUGUAGGGGUGUGGAUAUUUUGUUAAUGUUAAAUUAACAUUGCUUUCGAGUCCGUUGCGUAGAAUAUAUUCAAUGUUCACAGUAAGCGUGCGGUUAAAGUUUAUUAUCCACAUUCUGUUGCAGUAAGGAAACACCAUAAAGUUUAUUGAUAUCUUCAGGUAGGCAUAGUCAUAACAGAAAAUGGCGGCUAUCAGGAAGAAGCUUGUAAUUGUAGGUGAUGGUGCCUGCGGCAAGACUUGCUUGCUCAUCGUUUUCAGUAAGGAUCAGUUUCCUGAAGUAUAUGUUCCCACAGUUUUUGAAAACUAUGUAGCUGAUAUUGAAGUGGAUUUAAAACAGGUUGAAUUAGCUCUGUGGGAUACUGCUGGUCAAGAAGAUUAUGAUAGGCUUCGACCUCUCUCGUAUCCUGACACAGAUGUCAUUCUUAUGUGCUUCAGCAUAGAUAGCCCGGACUCUUUAGAAAAUAUCAUGGAAAAAUGGAAUCCCGAAGUACGGCAUUUCUGCCCAAAUGUGCCGAUUGUACUUGUUGGAAACAAGAAAGAUUUGCGGCAAGAUCCUGCUACUAUAAAAGAGUUGGCGAAAAUGAAACAAGAGCCAGUUAAACCUGAAGAAGGCCGGGCAAUGGCUGAGAAAAUUAAUGCUUUUGGAUACCUAGAGUGCUCAGCAAAAACCAAAGAAGGUGUUAGAGAAGUUUUUGAAAUGGCAACACGAGCUGCUUUGCAGGUCAAGAAAAAAAAGAAAAAGAAAUGUGUUAUUUUGUAAUUACAUUAGCACUAGCUUCUUUGCUUCAAUAUAACCAAAUAUUUCUUGGUGAUUUUUCAGUGACCUAUUAAUGUUUGAUGUAAUUUCUCUCACUACUUACAUUUUUUACUGUUUUGUAAACCAUUCCACUCUGAAAGCCAUUUGAAAAAUACAUAUUCAAUAGCUCUUUAAUACAAAAAUAUAUUAAUUAUUGCAAUUUUAUGUAAGUCAUUUUAAUUUACUAUUUUUCUAAAUGUUUGUGUGGUAAAUACAGGUUAUCAACGUGUGAUGUUCCAGUUGCCUCUUUUUAUAAGUUACUGUGUUUGUUGAUAUUCAUUAAAUGGCUCCAUUAUUUAACAUCUUAUUUUGAUAUGCUGUUCUUGUCAAUCUUGUGUUGAGGCAACUGGGUAAUUGUACAGAUUUUUUCCAAUAUUUGUGAUCAUAAUUAAAACAUUAAAGCAAAAUGUUUUUCUUCUGAUUCAUGUGUAUGAAAUUUAUCAAAAGCGACACUUUUUGUUACUGGUUACUGCCACUUGCAUUACAAGUAAUAAAUAGUUAUAAUUUUAUUG